CAGGAUAGACACUUAGCAAAGACCCCAAAGUCCUCACGAUAAUAACCUUACUUCUUGGCCACAGCCCAAGUCUAGAUAGCUGGCAAUUGGGUGCGAAUACGGGCCUAGAAGUUGACUAAAGACGCCACUAAUAUGCUGAAGGGCUGAAUAGUCUUAUGGGGAGGCGGAAAGAGGAGUUCCCCGUACAAAUAUGGACUUGUGCCCCCAAGAUGGUUGUGCUGAUCGUUUCCUAGAGAUUUUGAAAGGGUAUCAUAAGUCUAAGCGGAGUGGUUCAUUGCAUAAAUUCACAUCGAAGACCUUCGAGGCACAAGCCCUAUAUAGAGGCGUCGACAGGAACAGGACGAUAUUCCCACGGCACAGACGUAGGCAAUCAACAAUCAAGAGAAGAACAGAAAGACCAUCAAAAUGGAGGAAGCAGCAAAUGAGAUCAGGCAGGGAAAGACCCUCAUCCCGACCCCACCAGGGUUUAUCGCACUACGAGUUCUUCAGAUCGUCUUCGGUGUCAUCGCCGUGGGUAUGUCAGGAUGGUGGAUUCACGGGCUGUAUUAUGACGAGCUAGGCUUCGUCAUCGUCUGUGGCCUCUUCACCUGGAUCAUCGCCAUCUACGCCCUCCUAACCGAACGCGUCAUCUCCUGCCGACGAGCCUACAACACAUGGGCCGUCCUCUCCCUCGACGGACUCAUGAUCAUCUUCUGGCUAGCAGCAAUGGCCGGCACCGCGAACCGCCGCAGCAAAUUCACCGUCUCCGUGACCGCGAGCUGCUACAGCGACGGCAGCGCCAUCAACAGCGGGCACUGCACGAUCCUCAAGCGCGCGGGCGUCGCCAACGAUGCGGCCCUCGGCAUACUCAGCGGCAUAGCCGGCGUCAGCGCCCUAACCAUGCUCCUCUUCGUCGCAACAUUCGCCUACGUAUGCCACUACUUCCGCCUCGCAUUCAGCGCCAACUCGCCCAACGACCCCGAGAAAACCGCCGCCGCCACCACCGCAGCCGAAAUGCCACAAGGCGGCGCCCCGGGCGUCCCCAACGCCACAGAGCUGCAAGGCGGGAUGCCGCCGCAGAACUUCGCCGCGCAGCAAUCGCAGCCACUGCUGCACCAGCAGCAGGCCGGCCAGCAAUGGGUCCAGCAACAGCAGGGGUACCCCCAGCAGCCCGUCGGCCAGCCGCAGUACCAGCAGGGCCAGGCGUACGACCCGUACGCGCCGCAGACGACGGCGUACACGGGGGCGUACCCCCAGCAGGUCCCGACGCCGGUGUCCGCGCAGACGUAUAGUCCCCAGGGCACUCCGGCGCCGGGACAGCCGUACCAGGCUCCUUAUCAACUGCCCGCGCAGUAAUCGGUGAUCGGAAAUUAAUCCGGUUGGAAUAAUUGCUUCUUUUGGUUAACGAAUUCCCCAAGCGACGUGGCGUUGACGGGUCUGUGUUUCUGGUCGAGGGGGCUUGGCGGGCGUGCGGGGGAGGAGGAUGAUAUAAUGUUCCUGCAUAACUUUCGAAGCGUUCGCGUUACCUACUCAUGUCGCUCUAGUUGCUGUCC